AAAAAAAUCUCAGGUCCGGCCGCAAUGCAUUAUGGGAUGUGCUGGGCCGGGAAUGAUCCAUCGGACCAGUCCUUCAAAUCGGGGAAAAGGAAGGACGUAUUUGUCGGCCGCAUCGGAGGAGUCUUCGGUUUUGGACGUCCUUCGUCGCAGCGCUGUGACGUCUGCGGCUGACAAAUUUGGCCUUCGGAGGACCCGGCCUGCCGUUUUGGACACAGCUUUAAAAUAGUUUCAGUGAAUACAAUUCUGAAAUGUCUACAUGGAGUGACCCAUCUUCGUACAUAAAGGAUCUUUGUAACACAUGCUCGGAGCGGCACAAGUAUCAUUUCUUUUGUAAGGGAGUSAUUCGUCUUAUCAAAUAAAACAUCUUUGAGGCACUUGGUGGGUUCCUUCAGUUUCCUGGUUGCCAUGGGAAGGCGGUAACAACACAAGGUAGCUUUAAACCUGAGAAAACACGAUAAAGAUGUCCGGACCUGAGCAGUUAGCUCUUUUGGAGCUGAACAUGCGAAGGGAGACGUGGUGUCAGGUGGAGACGGACCCCCGGCAGAGCUGGGAGCGGUCUGAGAGGAGACACCACCGGAGCCACCUGAGGACCAGCCCGGCGCUGCUCACCGCUCUGACCGGUGGACAGCAGCGCGGGCCGGCCUGCACCCAGCGAGCGGCCCCGGCAAAACUCCCGGAGAGAAAACACUUUGAAGAGAGCUAUGAAUGUCACCUGGUGUAAACACCUGGCAAGAAGCUGGAACAAAACAGCAGAAAUGCACAAUUCUCUGUGUUUUAUUGGCAUAAACUUUGUACAAAACCAUGAAUAAAUAAACGAAAAUGUAUCAAA